AUGGGUAAAUCAACUUGGUUGCCAUCUGGUCAGAAACUCGUACCCCUAGAGCUUUCCUACGCUGCUUUGACGGACCUUUUGAUGACGAGAUCACAGGAUUUUGCACCCGUUCGAUUCGACACGUACGUGAACGGCACGGAUUGGAUACUUAAUAAUUGGAGCAUACCGGUAUCAACAAUGCUGACACAGUUUCAUACCAGUAAUGAAUCAGUACUGAUUGCUAUUCAACUCGAUGAUGUCCUGGAUGUGACCGUCUCACAGUUACGGAUUCAAGCUGAUGAGAAAUCAAAAGACGUGGACGUAUCACUUGUCUUUAAUACGAAUGCAGUAGCUGGUAUGAAAGAACUUGUUGAGAUUCAUGUGAGUGGUAUGAAGACAACGUUUGAAGAUGGAUGGCUGCGUCAGGGUGUGAAGUUAAAUCAAUUGAUGUUUGAUGAAACGACAGUGAAGAAAUUAGAGCUUGAGACGGCAGUGACAAUUCAGCACGUCGUGAUCCGUCAUAGUAAUCUAUCAUUUCCUACGGCAGUACUAGGACUGGAGACUCGUGUUGCGACAUUAAUAUUGGAGCAUAAUACGAUUGCCGGACCUAUUGUGUUGACGGAAAGUGAGUACGUGCAGCUGUCGCGCAUCUCGGACUUUCGAGCGACUGCGAAUACUAUUGAUACGCCAGAUGAUGGAUCGGCGUUGUGUAUUAAAACAAGAACGAUCCGUGAUUUGGGAAUUUGUAUUGUCGACGACGUGCAAAGUACUGAUGCGUCUUGCAGCGACGGGAGCGAUGGUAGUGUCGAACAAACUACUGGGCCUCUUGAAACUCUGUCGGCUAGCACGUCAAGCAAUCGAGGGGUGUCGUCAAUUAUCGUUAUUGUGCUGUCGAGCACGUGCACGUUGGUUCUGGUAGUAGUUGUGUCUUUCUUCCGUCGGUUCAAGAGAAAAGCGAGCAAAUUGGCCGAUGGGCGGCUGACCUCUUCCAAUCGUGAACACGGCUUGCUUGCUGGUCAACAAGGUGAGACUGAAAGAUCAGAGGUUACAGUAACAGGUGUCACGAAAAUUUUGGCAGAUAUGGAUCUCGGCAAGAACCAGGUCAUGCUGUACAAAAAAUUAGGAGUACAAGGUCUGUGGCUUGGCGAGUAUAAGGACACUAAGGUUGUUGCACUAAAGUUUGCACCUCGAGACUUGAAAAUGUCUACCAAGGAACUGAAUGCGAUCCGGAUGUCGUAUGUCCCGCUUCGGCAUGAUAAUGUCGUAUACUUCUUGGGGUCCAGCUGGACGGAUUGUGCAGAGGCUCUUAUCGUGGUGGAGCAUAUGUCGAUGGGCAGUUUGAGAUUGGUAUUGGCAGAUGAGAAAAUCGAUCUCGCAUGGCCUACGCGGCUUCAGAUGAGUAAAAAUAUUUGCAGCGGAUUGAGUUUCGUUCGCUCGAUGAAGCGAGUCAAAUUGUCUCGAAAUCUAACGGCUAAGAGCGUGCUUCUUAACGCGCAGUUUGUUUGCAAGAUGGAUAUUUUCGACUACGCUUUGAGUCUACGGACAGAUUUAGUACCUGUCCGGUCAUAUGGCGACGGAGAGAUAGCAUCUCGAGCACCUGAAUUGCUCAAAGGUGAUAAGAUUACUGCAGCCGCUGAAGUAUACGCGCUUGGUAUUAUUUUCUGCGAGAUUUCGUUGCGGAGCAAACUGUUUCAGCGUGUUUUCGAGGAGCGCGGGCCCACUAUGGGAGAUAUUUGUAUUGCAACCGAGGUGGUUGCGCAGCGAUUGAAACCAUUGCCUGCACAAGAUGCUCCUGCUGAUUUCAAAAAGUUGGCUUUACGAUGUAUCAGCUACGAGCCGUCACAACGGCCGGCGUUGAGCGAGGUUUUGAGAUCAAUUUCAAGGUAA